CACUGACGUUGACCGACAGCUCCAAUCAUGCAGCAGCCUUCCAUUAUACAGCUACUUGCUAACUUAUUAACUUCUGCCUCACUUACAUCCCACACGCCGACUUGAGCCACGAAAGAGUGUUUGUGGUUAUUCUUGAUAUAUGACGACCCCGCAAUAACCUAUAGAUAACACCCCUAUAUGUGUCAUAUUCCGCUGCUAGCUCAACCUCGAGUCCUCUAUUGCUGAGCAAUAUUCUCCGACUCCACCUCCAAGAGCUGUCGACCAUCCACCUCGAAACCGUUCUCCCAUCUAGCUAUCAUCUACCAACGUAAAUAUACCUUUCGAACGAGACACCGCCCGAAUAAUAUAAAAGAGCCCUAUAAAAUAGACCCGCCGCGAUGGCACCGACUCCAGCCAAAUACGUUCUACUGUCGCUACCUCUUAGCACCUUCGACACAGGCGAUAAACAAGAAGCUCUUGAUUCCGUGAAGGGCACUAUCACAUCCGAUAAUGGAACAGUCCUACCAUUUCCAGUACCGAACUUUAAGAUAGGAACUCUGGAUGCAUUGGUUCAACAAGCCGAUGAUUUAGGGAAGCUCAAUACAGCCUGUGAAGGUGUGGUUACCAAGGUCGGCGACUCCUUGCGCACCUUAUACGAAGGAAACGACGAAAAAGCUUCGGAACAAAAGAUGGUCAACGACAAGCCGACGGAUCAGUAUCUUCGUACAUUCACCUGGAAUAAGGUCCGUUACAGAGCUGACAGGCCUGUCGGCGAACUCAUCGAUAUUCUACAAAAGGAACUGGUCACAAUCGACAACGACGUCAAAGGCAAAUUCAACCAAUACAACCAAGUCAAGACGAACCUCGCUACUUUACAAAGGAAGCAAACUGGUAACCUCGCAACCAAGUCGCUUACCCCGAUUGUCAACCCCUCUCUACUAGUACAAGAUUCCGAAUACCUCGAAACACACCUCGUCGCAGUCCCUUCUGCCCUAAAAAAGGAGUAUCUUAAGAGCUACGAAACCAUCGCACCUAUGGUGGUCCCUCGAUCAUCUAUACAGGUUGCGCAAGACGAUGAGUUCAUCCUAUUCGCCGUUACAACGUUUAAGAAGCAUAGCAAUGAAUUCCAACAAAAGUGCCGAGAGCAGAAGUGGACACCUCGCCAAUACAAAUAUGUUGAAGGUGGCAGGGAGGAAGAGCAAAAAGAAUUGGACCGUGUUACGCGGGAAGAAAAGAAGGUCUGGGGAGAAGCUUUACGGUUGACGCGCACGGGAUGGAGCGAAAGUGUCAUGAUAUGGGCACAUGUCAUGGCUCUCCGCGUGUUUGUGGAGUCUGUGCUACGUUACGGUUUACCACUAGAAUUCGUGUCAGCACUUGUAAUGACAAACUCGAAGCUGGUGAAGAAGGUGAAGACUGCACUAGACUCAUCUUACUCAUACCUAGGUGGAAACGCAUUCGGACGAGACAAGCGAGGGAGAAUUACAAAGGACGACGCCGCAUUAUCAUCGGAAAUGGCCGCAGCAGGUCUGGGACACGGAGAAGGAAACGAGUACACAGCAUAUGUGUACUACGAGUUCGAUCUAUAGACAGCACGCAAAGCAGCUUAAUUCAUCAGGUUGGCGUUUUUGUGGGCGGACAUAUGUCAUGGCUAGCAUCAUCCCUCCUUUUCUGAGAAAAAGGGGUUCCGAUUGUCACAUAACAAUAUAAGAGUUUCAGUGUACAUUUCUUUCGAUGGGCAUUUUCUAUCACGCAAGCAAGUAUGCAAUAACCCGAUCAAGUACUUUUGAUAAUUCAUUCCACUCACGCCCCAUUCUCAACCUACCUACCAUUCACCAGUCCUCCCUACGAAGCCAGCGCCGCAGUCCCAACACUCCCCGCAGCCUCAGCAGGCGUCGCCGUAGUCGUCUUCGUAGGAAUCAACUGUCUCUCCUCCAGCCACCUCACGAUCUGCGCCACACACUCCUCAACCGAGUUCUCAUGCGUCUUAAUCACAAUCUCCGGGUUUUCAGGCGCUUCAUACGGACUACUAAUACCCGUAAACUCCUUAAUCUCACCCGCGCGCGCUUUCUUAUACAAGCCCUUCGGAUCCCUCUUCUCGGCUACCUCAAGCGGGACAUCAACAUACACCUCCACAAACGGAAGCGCAUCAUCCCCGUUUCCUCCCUGAGAAGCGGCAGCAUGUAAAUCCCUCGCGAGCUGGCGAUCAGCGCGGAAAGGCGAGAUGAAGGAAG